UAUAUAAAAUGGAAAUACUUACAGACUAAAAUGAGGCUUAAUCGUUCACCAAAGAAUAUAUCAAGAUUUGAAAGAGAAAAUACAUCAUAGCAGUAUAAGAAUGUUUACGAGCGAAAAACAGUAAAUAUACAUAAACAUAAUGUCCAAAUAGAAGUGAGAAAGAGUCCUUAAUAAUAGAGAGCGCUUAAAAAUUCAAAUUCUUUCUUUUUCCAACUAUCUACUUGUUAAUACCACAAAGCAAAGAACAUUUUUUUCAGUUUUCUUACUGUAUAGAGGAUCAAUGGCAAUUCAGGUUCUAUAGGCCAUUUCCAACUAUUUUGUUUUGACAACUUUCGAUUUCUUUAAUGCUACAAAACUUCAACGUUUACUUGAUCUAACCGUCUGGUCAUUGAUCUUCUGCACUUUUACCAUUGAGUUAUCUCGUAAUAGCUAAUUCUUACACGAUUCGCUUUUCUGAUUACAAUCCUUUUGAUCCCUGUUCCUAGAUCUGAUAUGUCGGAUUGUAUGCCUUUUGGGCAUGCUUUAAAGCCAUAUUAUAUGUUAGACAAAAACUAUGUAUCAGUUAAUAAUGGGAGCUAUGGCGUGGUUUGUGCUUCUGCUUUUCAACGGCAUUUGCAACUGUUAGAGGAAUCAGAAAAGACCCAAGAUUUACAAAUGAAAUAUAGGCUUCCCAAACUAGCUAAUAACACAUUACUCCAAAUUGCUGAACUCUUGGAUACCACUUCCAGCAACCUGGCAUUUUGUUUUUCUGCAACCCAGGCAAUUAGUUCUAUUCUCUUGACCUUUCCUUGGAGUGCUAAUGAUAAAAUCUUAAGCUUGAAUGUAGCUUAUCCUACAUGUCAAUUUGCUCUUGAUUUUGUUCGAAAUCGGUAUGACGUUCAGGUAGACACCUUGGAAGUCGAAUUUAUUUAUGACCCUUCUGAAUUUUUGUCUCGGGUAGAAUCCUAUUUGGUUAAGAAUAAACCAAGAGUUUUCAUAUUUGAUUUCAUUACUUCUAUGCCAGUUACUCAGCUGCCUUGCAAGGAACUAAUCCAACUUUGUAAAAAGUACGGCGUAAUAAGUGUUGUAGAUGCUGCUCAUGGUAUCGGAUUCUGCCCUCUUUCCUUAUCUUCUCUGGAUCCUGAUUUUUUAUAUACUAAUGCUCAUAAAUGGCUUAAUGCACCUUCGGGUACGACGAUCCUAUAUGUGUCCAAGAAAUACCACAAUUUCAUCGAAGCCCUUCCAAUCUCCUACGGCUAUCAUAUCCGUAAGCAAAAUUCCCCUCCUGCAGAUUCUUUAGGCAUACGGUUUCUGAAUGCUUCUUUUAUGGACUUGCCUAAAUUUAUCGCCAUCGAUGCUGCAAUAGCGUUCAGAAAGUCCAUAGGUGGUGAACAUAAGAUACAAAGUUAUAACCAUGACAUUGCUGUAAGAGGUUCCAAAAUCAUCGCUGAAUCUUUGGGAACAUCUUACUUUGCAUUGGCUUCUCCUAUUGCCAUGGUGAAUGUCGAGGUCCCUCUGCGGUGUAUACCUUCCGCCGACUUUUUAGAAGAGUUUUGGCAAAGCAAAAACACUUUUCUACGAUUUGUCGAAUACCAGGGCAGAUAUUACACUCGUGUAGGUGGUGCUCCUUUCUUAGAAGAAUCUGAUUUUGUAUAUGUGGCCGAUGUCUUGAAAGAACUUUGUCAGAAAUAACUUCAAACCUUACGCGACUCACCGUUGAUGUUUUCAGCUACAAAUACAGAUGUGCCCCAUAAAAGUGAUGUAUAAAUACACUUUUAAUUCAUAACAUGUUUUUUUAUAAUUUAGACAAAACAUCCGUAUGCUUUCCAACAUACGGACAAAUAUAUAAAUUACAAAAAGUCUAUGCAAUAAAUCCUAUUCUACAAUUUUUCAGUUCUUACGCAAAGACUUCCUGCAGGAAAUGAACAAACGUUAAAAG